CAUUUCCAUGGUAUUUUAACACAAGUUUUUGACAAUACUGGAAAUGAAGUGUUUAAAUUUAUAAGAGCUCGGCAUUAUGCUGAAAUAUAUUCUUAUUCAGGUAAUGAAAAAAUUGGAUACAUGACUAGAAAAGAAUUCAGUUCAAAACAUACAAUUUUCGAUUGUCAAAAUAAUAAAUUGUUGAAAAUUAAAUUACCAACUUGGUCUGGUACAUAUGCCGACAAAUAUCAGGUGUAUGAUUUAAAUGGUAUUAAAAUAGCUGAUAUUUAUAGAAAAUCAGAAAAUUCAUGUUACGCAUCAAUAAGUUAUCUUGGUGACAUUGAUGUCACACGCAAAGCACUUGUGCUCUCUGCAACUAUUCUCUUGAAAUAUCUUGAACGUAUAGAUAUAGAAGACGAAUAUGGUUCAUCACCGAAAAGUGCAGCUCGUAAAGCAAUUUUAUUUCAAGGUGAAUAA